AUUCAAUAUUACGUUACUAUUUUUUUCGUGAUGGAACUUAAUAAACAAUUUUACCAUAAUCCUACAGAAAAAAUAUAAAGUAAUGUUACGUAAAAUGAUGUUUUUAUACUUAAAAGGAGGAAAAUUUGAACGUAGAAAAGCGUUAUGGAGAUUUCAAAUACUUAAUACAUCAAAUGAUGUUAAUUUUACUCGUAUUGUAGCAUUAUCAAAAGAACAUUUUAAGACAUCAAUAUCAAUGAUAUCACUUCUCAAUACGACUCAUCAAUGGUUUAAAGUUGAAGAUGUUUUCAUGAGAGAAUUAGAAUUAUGGACCGAUACUUUACAUUUACGUGUAAGAAAUAAGAUACAAGAGAGUAUAGUUGAAUUUAGUAAAUUUUGUUUGGAAAUUCAAUUGGCUAAUAAUUCUAAUCCACAAAGACAAUUUGAAGAAGAAGAACGUGAUUAUUUGAGUAAUUUUGGUAUAAAUAUUGUUAAUGAAGUAUUAAAAAGAAAAGUUAUCAUUGCUGAUAGAGCAAAAGGUGCAUUCGUUUCUUCUAUAUCUCAUGAAUUAAGAAAUCCUCUUCAAAGAUCCAAUUAG